AUGAAACUACUGAGGGUCGCGGUGGCUGUAGCCUUAGUUUUGGUCAACCCAGCACGCGCAUCCAUAUACCCCCGGAACCACGAUGCCUACGAUUACUUCGCUGUCCGUCUCGAUUCCUCCGUAUCUCCCGUUCAGGUUGCACAGAUGUUAGGAGUACAUUAUGCAGGACAAGUCGGUGAAUUGGCAGACCACCAUACAUUUGCCAUAUCAAAGGAGCUAGGGGUAGAUGUUGAUCGAAGACUCGAGGAUCUGAGGCAGAGGAGGCGAAGGAGGCGGAGUUUGCCGAACGUCGAAGAGCUGGCCAUGAGGGAUGCGCUAGACGGCAUCCUCUGGUCGCAGAAGCUGACCCUGAGACCACCCAUGAGCAAACGAGCGCCUCCACCUCCCCCACCGCCCCGAGGAGCGGAGGUACGCCAUUCGAAGCCGCAGGACGACCAGCACAGCGACUAUAACGCUACGGAAAAAUUGACGGAGAUUGUAUCCAAGUUGGAAAUCGACGAUCCGAUAUUCACACAACAGUGGCACCUGUUUAACACCGAACAACCAGGUCAUGACAUCAAUGUCACUGGUCUGUGGUUGGAGGGCAUAACUGGAAAGGGGGCAAUUUCUGCCAUUGUGGAUGAUGGAUUGGACAUGUACAGCAAUGAUCUUAAAGAUAACUACUUUGCAGCAGGGUCUUAUGAUUACAACGACAAAGUGGACGAGCCCAGACCCCGAUUAUAUGACGAUAAGCAUGGGACUCGAUGCGCCGGAGAAGUCGCUGGUGUCCGCAACGAUGUUUGCGGCGUCGGCGUCGCCUACGACAGCAGCGUUGCUGGAAUACGUAUCCUGUCCAAACCCGUGUCGGACGAGGAUGAGGCCGCUUCGAUCAACUACAGAUUCCAAGAUAAUAUGAUCUACUCCUGUUCUUGGGGGCCUGUAGACGAUGGCACCACCAUGGAUGCGCCUGGUAUUCUCGUCCAACGGGCUAUUGUCAAUGGAAUACAAAAGGGACGAGGUGGGAGAGGCUCCGUGUAUGUGUUCGCCGCCGGCAACGGUGCUCUACAUGAAGAUAACUGCAACUUUGAUGGCUACACGAACAGCAUUUACAGUGUCACUGUGGGUGCAAUUGAUCACAAUGACGAUCACCCAUAUUAUUCUGAGCCGUGCUCUGCGCAACUCGUGGUGACGUAUAGCAGCGGAGGGCGGGAUGCUAUACACACCACCGACGUUGGUUUGAAUUCUUGCACUACGAAACAUGGUGGAACGUCUGCGGCUGGACCGUUGGUCGUUGGGGUUGUGGCACUUGCGCUGAGCGUCCGCCCUGAGCUGACCUGGCGUGACGUGCAAUAUAUUCUAUUGGAGACGGCGAUCCCCAUCAAUUUAAAUGAAAGCGAUUGGCAGGAUACUGCUACUGGGAAGAAAUUCAGCCACGAGUACGGAUACGGGAAAGUAGACGCGUAUUCAGCUGUCCAUCUAGCCAUGACGUGGAAACUGGUCAAACCACAAGCUUGGCUACACUCCCCGUGGUUGCAAGUUUAUGCCGAUAUCCCGCAGGGAGACAAGGGACUUGCUAGCAGCUUUGAAGUCACUAAGGAGCUGUUGAUGAGGAAUAACGUUGAGCGACUUGAACAUGUUACGCUUACGAUGAAUAUCAACCACACGCGCCGUGGUGAUUUAAGUGUGGAACUCCGCAGUCCCACUGGAACCGUCAGCUAUCUAAGUACGACAAGGAAAUUGGAUGAUCUCCGCGCUGGCUACGUUGAUUGGACUUUUAUGUCGCUCGUUCAUUGGGGUGAAUCCGGCAUCGGCAAAUGGACCGUCAUCGUCAAGGACACAGUCGUCAAUGAUUUCAAGGGUGUGUUCAUCGACUGGCAACUCAACCUGUGGGGCGAAGCCAUCAACGCAGAUAUCCAAGGCCUCCAUCCUCUACCAGACGAACAUGACCACGAUCACAGCACCCAACUUGCACCCGUAGCCACCACAACGAUUAUCUCCAGUGCAACCGCUUCGAAGCCCACCGCCUCCGUCGUCCCAACAGACCACAUCGAUCGCCCCGUCAACACCAAACCCACUGGAACACAAAGCCCUUCUCAACCAUCAGAAACAGCAACAUCAUCACCAUCAUCACAACCAAUACCCACUUCAACAUCCGAGAGUUUCCUCCCAUCCUUCUUCCCCACCUUCGGCGUCUCCAGGCGCACGCAGGUCUGGAUCUACGGCUUCCUCACGCUUAUUCUCAUCUUCUGCUCCACGCUGGGUACAUACUUCCUCAUCCAGCGGCGGAAGCGCAUCCGCAACAAUCUACACGAUGACUACGAGUUUGAGAUGAUUGACGAUGAGAGCGACGAAACGCAUCCGCUUAGUGCGGGCGAGCAUGUUGCUGGCGCCAGAACUGGGCGGAAGCAGCGAAGAAAGGGUGGAGAGUUGUAUGAUGCGUUUGCGGGGGAGAGUGAUGAGGAGCUACUGAGCGAUGGGGAGAGUGAGAGUGGUUUGGGUGAGGAGCCAUAUCGAGAUGAAGAUGAGAGACAGGAUGAUGGUGGUGGUGGUGGUGGUGGUGGGAGGGGGAGUGAGAGGACCUAG